AGAGGCAGAGAAGGAAGGGAAGACAGGAAAAGUAGGUAAACCGGAAAUAAACACUGCAAAAGUCAUCACCAGGUUAGCUCCUGACGUGCAGCCUCCCAAGAAAGGAAGUGUUCAAGCUCCAAAACCAGAGAUAUAUAUUGUAACUGAGAUCACCAACACAGACCAUGACACAUCAGCUAUCGAGGAAGCUGUUUGCAAGGCGACUAAAGAAAAGAUAAAUGUAACGGGGAUGACCAGUGCAGUUGUUCACACACAAAUUACCAAGGAAACAGGUGUGCAGGCUCCUAAAUCAGGGUUAAAUACAGUGACAGAGAUUACUAAAACAGUUCCUUGGACACAAACUACCAAAGAAGAUGCUGUAAAGGCCACUGAGGCAGAAAUAAAUUCUGUAAAAAAGCUGACCAGCAUAGAUGGGGGCUAUGUUCAGGCUGUAAGUAAAGAGAAAGAUCGUGAAUUUGUUAAUAAAGCGGCUGUGGCUUUGAGUACAAAGGGUCCAGUUGUCUCUGAGAGAAGUCAGGUUAACACAGUUGGUAGGGUAGAGGUUGUUGUUGAGGCCAUACAGGUAGACAAUAAUGCAAAACUCAGCAGCACAUCUCCUGUGGUCAGUGCAGUAAAUACUGAGGAGAGUGUGAAGGAGAAAGCAGUCUGCCAUCCCCUCAAUACUGCAGAGAAUAUAGUGACAACUCAUGCAUCUCCAACUGAAACCAAUGAUAAGAGUGUAGAGGGUUCAGAUGCAGUGUCUCAUGUCUCUACAACUGAACAAAGCCUAUUGACAGCCAAUACUUCCAAUAGCGAAAACAAUGCAGAAGCUAUCAAGCCUGCCGGAUCUGAUAGCCCCAGAACUGAAGUAAGCAUGUCCACAUCUCAUGUUCAUAAAUCCGAACAGAGCCGGGAUGAAAUCUCCAGUGAGGUGACCCUGGUGGAUCAAAGGGAGGGUGAGAAGGUCAAGAAAGAAGAAGAGCAAAAACAAGGAAAGAUGGGAAAAGACAAAACAGAAGUGAGAGAUGAGGAGAUAGAGAAGGAAGGGAAGACAAGAGAAGGAGGUAAACCAGAAAUAAAAACUGCAAAAGUGAUUACCAGGUUAGCUCCUGACAAACAGACUCCCAAGAAAGGAAGUGUUCAAGCUCCAAAACCAGAGAUAUAUAUUGUAACUGAGAUCACCAACACAGAUCAUGACACAUCAGCAAUCGAGGAAGCUGUUUGCCAGGCCACUAAAGAAAAGAUAAAUGUAACAGGAAUGACCAGCGCUGUUGUUCACACACAAAUUACCAAGGAAGCUGGUGUGCAGGCUUCUAAAACAGGGUUAAAUACAGUGACAGAUAUUACUAAAACAGUUCCUGGGACACAAAUUACCAAGGAAGAAGCUGUAAAGGCUACUAAAGCAGAAAUCAAUGGCAAGAGUGUAGAGGGUUCAGAUGUGUCCCAUAGCUCUACAACUGAACAAAGCCUAUUGACAGCCAAUAUUUCCAAUACUGAAAACACUGCAGAAGCUAUCAAGUCUGCAGGACAAAUCUUGACCCUGGAGGAAGAUGAAAAACAAGCAAAGAAGAGAAGAGAACAUGAAGGAGACAAAACAGAGAUGAGAAAGGAGGAAGGUACUUCCCUUAUCUCCAAAUUAGAGCAGGGCCUGUUGUUGGGUGACACUUUCAGUAGUAAACAAAACACAGAAGUCUUGGAGGGAGCAGAAGUAGGAUCCAGCAUCCCACUUAAUGAUGUAGAGACUGUGAAGCCAGCAGGUCAAGGAACGUCUUUGAGUCCAACAGAAGCAGAGAGGGGUGUGAGUCUAACAGACUCUGGUAUAGCUUUAACUUCAGCAGACCAGGAGAGUCCAGGGGAGGCUGAUGUAUUUCUGACUGAGACAAAACCAGUGACAUGUUUGAGUCCCACAGACCUAGGAAUAUGUCUGAGUCCAGUUGCAGGAGAAGUGUUUUUGGACCCAGCAAAUCAAGAAUUGUGUCCAGUUGAUCUAGAAGAAUGUGUAAGCCCAAGAAACACAGAAAUGUAUCUCAGCCCAAAUGACUCAGAACUGAGUCAGAGUCCAGUCGAGGCUGAGUUCUUCUUGAGUCCAAACGACGAAGAAGAAUGUAUGAAUCUGACAGAGGCGAAUGAAUGUGUGAAAACAGUUGAGAAGUACAUUCUGUCAACCAAAGAAGAGAGCCAAUCUUUAUCAUCUGGCAGAGAUCAGACAAGCUCAGAAAAGCACAGAACUGCCAAGGUCACCAGUCCAGUACAAAAUGAGAACAAUUUAGGUUUCGAAUUAGUUGGAGACCUUGCAGGGCGCAGAGAUGAUUUGAGCAGUGCAAAAACCGGCUUGACACUAGGCAGCCAUGUUCAGGUGAGAAGCACUCUAGGAGACAGUUUAUACAGGAGCAGUUUGGAAGCUCAGGAGGCAGUAGCCAGUAUGGUUGGUAGGACCAGUGUAGGGGAUAAAAAGGAGGUGACAAGGCCAGGAGCGAGACACAAAGACACCAGCUCUGUGGACAGCAAAGGCAUCUUUAGUCCAGGGGGCAGGUUUAGGAAGCUUAGCCAUGGAGACAAGGAGGACACUACCAUUAGCAGUAUGGGCAGAUCAGCAUGGGGACCCAGUGCACUUAACGGUGGCACUGAACUGAAAAACAGCAGUUGGUUAGUUGCAAGCACAGCACCCAACAGUGAUGGAGUGUUUGGCAAAUCAGCUAGCUCUGGAAGAGUCCCUGCUCCUGGAGGAACUAGCGUAUUAGCUCAAAAUGCAGCGGGUAAAAUAAAUGGUAUGGAUCACAGUAGAGGAAUAAGCUUAGGUGGCAUAGCUAACAGUGCUAGUAUGGUUAGUGGCACGGCAACUAGCCUUGGUGCUGUGACUGCUCAUUCAACAGGUACAGUUAAUGGUAUAUAUGGUAGCAGGACGGGGUACAGCCUACUUGGCAUCAGUAGGUUAGCCAGUGCAGAAACAGGGGGAGACACGGUAAGCGGGUCAGUGGUCAGGAACCAAGAAACAAGCAGUGAUAGAGCAGGGAGAAUCAGCAGGAUCGGAGGGAGUGGGGAAUGGAAAGUAUACAGUGGAGGUACUGGACGUGCGAGUAGUGCUGGCAGCACCAGUGGUGAUGGGAGGGUGACUAGUCCGCCACUAGUCUACCACAGGAGUAGCAGCACUGGAAGCGGGGGGCAACUCAACAGCGGUGGUAGUGGCGGCAGACUUAGUACUAGCCUAGGUGGUAGUGGCAGAUUAAGUAGCUGUGCCAAGCGCAGUAUGAGUGUAGGUAGUGGUGGGAGGUUAAGUAGCUCAGGAAGUGGCAGUGUGCCGAGCAGUACAGCUGCUAACAACAGAGCAAGCAGCUCUGGGAGAUAUGGCAGCACGGGUAGCGGAGAGUGGAAGCCUGUUUACGGUGGGGCGAGUGGACGCAGGAGCAGUGUGGGGAGUGGAGGGCGACCAGGUGGGACAAGCAGAACCCCUAGUCCUGGAGGAAGGCUUACCAUCACAGGGGGCAGCGGUGGGUGGCUAAACAGCACUACAGUUAGCAGCAAUCGAAUCAGCAGUGCUGGAAGCGGGUCUAAACUCAGCGGUGCGGGUAGCAACGACAGAUUAAGCAGCCAAGCCGGGGGAAGGAUCAGCAGCUCGUCUGGCUCAGGGAGGACCAAUAGCACGGGAGGAAGGGUGAUCACCAGCAGUGACGGGCCAAUCAGGAGCACGGGCAGCGGCGUUGGAGCCAAUAAAGAGAGGAUCAGUGUGUGUAAGAUGGCGGCCCUGUCGAUGUCAGCAGCGGGGAUGGAGAGAAGCAAGGAGAGACAAAGACAAGCUAAGAAGUCCCAGCAGGAGCAGGCUGCAGCUAACAGGCCUCAUGUCCAGCGCUGGCUGACCUCAGGUGUCGGAGCAGCGGGCAACGACCUUGACGGCCUUGAUGACAUCAUUCGCCUCUGAUUGGCUAACGGAGGCCCUAUUUUGGUGACCCACUUCGUGCUUUCACCCUUUACACCAGGUUUCUGCAGAGGCACCAACAUUUAGCGAGAAAAAAAAAAAAGAUGAUUCUCUCAAAUUCGAUGUUGAUUGUCUGUAUUCUGAUCUUCUGAUGAUCACAUGUGAGUUGACAGAAUUAUAAAAGUACUCGCCGCUUUACUUCAUCAACUUCUAUGCAUUUUUUAUCCAUUUUUAUCCUGAUCUGAUAACUUCCACCCAAAACUCCCAAAUAACUCAGAUUGAAAUUCUUGAAUAAUUUGGUAUCAUCUUUUCAAGCACUGUUGUGUUUUGAUGAUUAAAAAAAAAAAAAAAACACUCUUGCUGUUAAUUUGCUUUAAUAAGAGAAAAAACUAUAUGGUGAUUGGGUGGGGUAAAAAGUUAAUAUAAAAAAGUGGGG